CAGACCGUCACUGUGACGUAAGCAAACAUGUCUCCGUACUGAGUUCCGUUGGGCGUUUCCCGACUCCACGCGUUGUAUUUAAGACCUGAACCUGCAAUGUUUUACCCUAAUAUCGAUAUAUUUGAGGUCUGUGACGCUGGACUGUAACAUCCGUGAACAUCAUGAGCGCUAGUUUGAGCCUGAGUUCGGUUCUGUGGAUCGGUUGUGGGUUUUGUCUUGGACUCGUGGCCUCUCGGAUGAGGUUCAUGGGCCGGACGCUCAGCAGGCUCCCAUCUGUGCCACGUGAGAAAAGUAGGCAAGGACAGGAUGUGUCGAAGAAAAAGGAACUCUCAGAUUCAGAAGAUGAGACGUUUGAGAGCAAUGGUGAAUACAAGCUGAUCUUGGUGGUGAGGACAGAUCUGAAGAUGGGCAAGGGGAAGGUGGCAGCUCAGUGUGCCCAUGCAUCAGUAUUGGCCUUUCGGCAAGCAAUGACAAGGAAUCCUGAGAUGCUUAAGAUGUGGGAGCUCUGCGGCCAACCCAAGGUUGUAGUGAAAGUGGAUGAUGAAUCCAUUUUGAAUGAAUUGGCAGUUCAUGCACGAAGUCUUGGCCUUAUUGUCAGCAUCAUUCGUGACGCGGGAAGGACCCAGAUUGCUCCCAACAGCAAGACAGUGCUUGGGGUUGGUCCAGGCCCUGUGGAUCUGGUCGAUAAGGUCACUGGGCAUCUCAAGCUGUUCUAACCUCUAUUUUGAUUUUGCAAAAGUUUCUCAGCAUUUUUGAUCUUGGUGUCAUGCAAUUGAUGGCAAUGAAGACAUGCAGUGGUGAAACAAGAAGGCAUGUUUUGUCACUUUGCAUUAUGGGAACAUUUGUUUUGGUGAGGCCAAAUAUGCUGUACCUCAUAGAA